CUCGGGGUCCUUGUUCACCUGGGUCCCUGCGUGACCUCUGCAGGCUUUGGGAGGCGUGAGCCGGGCAUUAGAAACCGGCGUUAGCUGGCGAGCGGGGUUCCGAGCGGCACCGGAGCCUCCCCGCGAGCAUUCUGCGCUUCUCGGCUCGCGCGGGGAGGAUUUAUGAGCUGGGUGUGGGGAGAGCCCGCGAGGCGGCGGCGGCGGAGGCUCCUGGGGCAGCAUGGGUGUGAUAGGUGUGCAGCUGGUGGUUACCAUGGUGAUGGCUAGUAUUAUACAGAAGAUCAUACCUCACUACUCUCUGGCUCGGUGGCUUCUCUGUAGUGGCAGCUUGCGAUGGUAUCUGCAUCCCACAGAAGAAGAAUUACGUAUUCUUGCCGGGAAACAACAAAAAGGAAAAAGCAAGAAAGAUAGGAAAUAUAAUGGACAUAUUGAAAACAAACCGCUAACCAUUCCUAAAGACAUUGAUCUUCAUUUGGAAACAAAGUCUAUUACUGAAAUAGAUGCAUUAGCCUUGCAUUAUUUUCCUGAAUAUCAGUGGCUGGUGGACUUCACAGUUGCGGCUACAGUGGUAUAUUUGGUUACUGAAGCCUACUACAGCUGGGUGAAGCCCUCACAAGAAAUGAAUAUCAGUAUAGUCUGGUGUCUGCUUGUUCUGGCUUUUGCAAUCAAAAUAUUGUUUUCAUUAACUGCACACUACUUCAAAGUAGAAGAGGGAGGUGAGCGAUCCGUCUGCGUAACCUUUGGCUUCUUUUUCUUUGUCAAAGCCAUGACCAUUCUGAUAGUAACAGAAAAUUAUCUAGAAUUUGGACUCGAGUCAGGCUUCUCAAAUUUUUCAGAAAGUGCUGUGCAGUUUUUUGAAAAGCAAGGCUUGGAAUCCCAGGGUCCUGUUUCUAAACUAACCUUCAAAUUCUUCUUGGCUAUCCUUUGUUCGUUUAUUGGUGCUUUUUUGACAUUCCCUGGAUUGAGAUUGGCUCAGAUGCAUCUGGAUGCUUUGAGUUUAUCAACUGAAAAAAUCACCCAAACUCUGCUGCAUAUAAACUUCCUGGCACCCCUCCUGAUGGUCUUAUUGUGGGUAAAACCCAUUACUAAGGACUAUAUAAUGAAUCCCCCAUUGGGAAAAGAGAAUGUGCCUUUAAUGUCAGAAGCAACAUUUGAUACUCUCAGGUUGUGGAUUAUAAUUCUCCUGUGUGCUUUGAGGUUAGCCAUGAUGCGUAGUCAUCUCCAAGCCUAUCUUAAUUUAGCACAGAAAUGUGUGGAUCAAAUGAAAAAGGAAGUUGGCAGAAUAAGUACAGUUGAACUACAGAAAAUGGUGGCCAGAGUGUUUUAUUACCUUUGUAUAAUUGCACUUCAGUAUGUGGCGCCUCUCGUUAUGCUGCUUCACAUGACUCUGCUGCUGAAAACUUUAGGUAACUAUUCCUGGGGCAUUUAUCCAGAAGCUACUUCAGAUUUACCAGUGGAGAGCAGUCCACUGAGCAAUUCAGUAAACUCUGAAUCUUCAUCUGAUGAUGGAAAGGUGAAGGUAACUGUAAUACAGCUAACAAUGGCACUGGCUAGCCUGAAGAACAUUUUCACUCCACUCUUAUUCAGAGGACUUCUGUCCUUCCUCACUUGGUGGAUUGCUGCUUGUCUCUUUUCCACAAGCCUUUUUGGGCUGUUCUAUCAUCAAUACCUAACAGUGGCAUGACCUAACAAGUUCAAAGCUAGGAAGCCCAUGUGCCCAAAGGAGACUGAAGAAAAAAUGGAAGAAAUAACACAACAAAGUCUUUUUCAUAAAUGCUUUCUCCAUGUUCCGGGCAAUUGUUGGGUAAUGUUGGAAAUCGCAAACGAGUCUGUAACUUUGUUACCUAAAGUUGUAGGUAACUGCUGAAUUGUUUUUGGACUGCUUUGAAAUAUGUCGGAAGUACCUUCUGUUUUGGUGAACUUCGUGCUGCCCUGAAAACACUGUGUUAUUCAGUCAUUGAUUGGCUGAUCUUAGUGGUGUUAAGGUACUAGGGUUAAUAGUCACUGCAUAGAAAAUGGAACGUUCAACUGAGCCAUAUGAGGGGGUUGGAGAAGUUAUCCUGUUGGCAAAAACAUGGGUGACUUUUCUACUGAAGAGCAAAGUCAUCCAACAGGACAAAGAAAUACUGUAUAUUACAGUAAAGGAAGCUGUUUCAAAAGAGUUUAUUGUAAAUAAAAUGCAUGGACUCAGCAAGCAUUUGUGCUAAAGGACUUGUUUACAUAUUACAGUAAGGGUAUUGUAUUGCAAUAUUGUGUCACUUGGUUACUUAAUGUAUGAAUGUUCAGGAGUGUGCAGUUGUCAGACUUUAAAAGCAUUUCACUCUUUGAGCACUCACAUACUUGAAACGCAUCUUUUAGUGGUUAUAAUGGAAGAGCAGUAAGUCGUAAGACUGCAAGACUGUAUGUACCUCACUCCUGCACAUUCAUGUAUUAGAACUAUGCAAAGUGGUAUAAUAUGCUGAGGCUUCCACAGCAUAUGUGAGGCACUGUAUCCUAUAAUGUAAUGUGUCAGGAAGUCCUAAAGAAUUUUCAUAUUGUAAAAGUAAAUAUAUUGUUUCAGUCUUAAUAGUCUUUUAAAAAAUAAUAAAUGGCCAUAUGACUCCUUGGACGUAUUGGUGCUAAUAUUUAUCCACUUAGAUCCAUUUGGGUUUUACUGUUCUGAAAUUAAGGCAGAUUUCAUUGGAUUCACAAAAAAGGUUGAUGCUAAUCAAAGUCUCCUAAAACUUAUUUUACUAUGUGUGUAUAGUUAAUAGAUCACAAUAGGUGAAAGUAUUGAAAUUUCCCUAUGAAUGUGUACUGCAGGACAGACAAGCUUGGGAGAAUUAAUAAGGGUUAUGCUGUGAAAAGAUUCAUCAAUGCCUUUAAUUAUAAGUAAUCAUAGCUGCAAUGUCAAUGAAAGCACUGUAGUUCAGGAGUAGCCAGUGAGAUGCUCUCCAGAUAUUAUUAGACUCCAUCUCCUGUCAACCCUAGCAGCAUGGCCAGUGAUCAGGGACUAGGGGAGUUAGGAGUCCAACAACAUAUUGAGGAUACCGAGUUGGUUACUCUCUGCUCUAGAAUUGUAGCAGAUUUUGUAAUUUUCAGUGAGCCACCUGCCCUGCCUGGCUGUUACAAUCUUGUUAUAAUGGAUACAGAUUCUAGAUGGUGCCAGCGUACGUUGUUCUGUUGUGGCCACCUUUUUGCUAUGGCACAUAUAAUACUGUAUAGCAGUAGCUGCUGUUACCAGACUAUUAGCACCCUAGAAUAUGGUACAAGUGCAAUAUGCAGAGUUAGCUCAUGACAGCACCAUGGAUCACUGUAUCACGCUCAUGCAGUAAUUGCUAUGCCCCGUCCUAAGUGUUCAGCUGUCGCAGUAGCUGUUGGGACUAUGUUAAGAAACUUUGCUAACCCAGGUGAAGAAACUCCAGCUAAAGCUUUUCAUUUACUUGUCUGUAUAUUCUAUGUCGAUUGACAAUGUUCAGUUGGAAAGAUACAAACAGCAGUUGUUUGUAAAACUGAUUUUUCUAGCAUUUUGCUUGUUUUUGUUUCAGGAACUGAACCGGGCAUUCAUAUAGAUAAGGUGGAAGGCUUUCUUACUGUAGCAUGAGAAACAGCAAUUCACAAUAAUCUUAACAGUUCCCUCUAGUAGUGUAAACUUGAAAACAGGAACUUCUAGACAAUUUGCCUUAGAUACUUCUGCCUAACCAAAAAGGGCAGUAUUCCCCAAAUGCCAGGCUCACCUUCUAAACUGACUGUCUCUUCAUUGUACUGCCAUUGUUGGGCCUUAAACUUAAUUCAUUAUACUAGCCUUGGUUCUCUCUGUGUGUUUGCACAUAGACACAGCACAUAGAAACCUGAGAAUUGCCUUGUGGCAUCAAACUUGUCAUCCACAUGCCCCCAAGAGGUUCACAAUUAAGGCAUGAUGGAGACACCUGUCCCUUUUUGGUUGAUCACGUAAUAUGGAGGUUUCAUUUCUCUGCCAUAGCUUCUACACACUUUUGUUUUUCUACUUCAGCUCUAGCCUUUUGUAAAUUGGCCUGGAAUGUCAGGGACUUGUAACAUUACACCAUUUGAGAAGAGUACUUACUUAAGGCCUAAAACGGUACAUUGUCACCUUCACUGCUGGUCUUUAUGCACUUUAUUCAGACAGAGAAUGCUGUUGGGAUUAUAAAUACGGUAUCUCAAAGGUGAUUAUGCUGGUGUAGAGUAGUUAAAAGAAUGAGUCCAACUGGUGGCUUAUUGACCAUAACAGAGUCACACCCUGACCUAAAGGGAGCCAUACCAGUAGUGUCAUCCAUUGUACUUAAAAAGAGAGAGAAAGAAGAGAAAGAUGAAUGUCUACCAUCAAAUAUUGGAAUUCAUCCCCAUUAGCAGGGUGCAUUUAAAGGACUGCAGGUCUGAAAACACCAAAGCUUAAGAUUAAGAACCACAGAAAGAACUGUACAGAACAACGGUGAAUGGUAUUAAAACUGAUUUAAACAUCUCUUGUACAUCUCAUUCUGCUAGUAAUUAUAAACCUGACCAGCUUUUUAUAGGUAGGCAGGGUAUUUGUGUAAAGUAUUCAAGUGUUUCAUUCAUAGACCUGGCUUGCAUGUAAUGCUUUGACAAACAAUGACUUAGUGGAAAUGUGCGGGUUCCUGGAGACAAGAUUCUGACUGCUUUUCUCCUCCAGUCCUGGUGCUUCCAUUUUGCUGUGAACUUAAACAUAGCUUGGCUUAGCAUCACAUCCAAAUUCAGGCUUGUGGUUUAACACAAGAUGUAGCCGAGUUUUAUUCUGUGGCAUACCAUUCAUGAUUUGUCUGGAGGAGAUAAACCACUAGCCCAGGUUCAUAUGUAAUGCUAAACCCUAACUAUGGCUUAGCUCACAGCCACAGGACUGGAAGAGGAGCAAAAUGGGUGCAUCCUUCUCUCCAGGAUCCCACACAUUUGCUUGUUCUCACUAAGACUUGAAACCUUUUUAUGAAGUCCCCUGGCAGGCUAACACUUUGUCAGUGAUGCUGUGUAGACUCUGUGUUACUAGAAUACCGUGUUACUAGAAUACUUCACUUUGACUCUUUGUAUGAAAAGUGCACGUGUACUUAAGCUGUUUGUCAGCUUUGCACAACUCACAUCUGAACAUUGCAAAGGCUGGUGAUGUACAGGCGGCAUUCAUUUGCUUAAGGAGAAGGAAAAAAUCAGAAUCCAAACAGUUGUUCUCUUCUGAAGUGUAGUAUCCAGCCUGAGGGCUUAAAACCAAAAAAUUAACACAGUUUAGUUAGUUUAAAUGGUAGUAGGGCUUUAUGGAAUUCUGAAGGAAGCAAUUUU